AUGCGAGAUCCAGCCACAACCAGGCCGGCGCUCGCGAUUGAGCCUUUAAGAUGUAGUACAGACCCCAAGUAUUACGGCUACUCCGAAGUUUGGCUAGUCAGCAGAUCCAGGAUCCUUUGCAAUAGCCGUGCAGUGAUGCUCGCCCCCAAGGACGGAACGGCGUUGGCUAUUCAGCUUUUCCAGCUGUAA